CUUCAACUAAACGCAUAUGAAUACAACUUUAAUAUCUUCAAUCAAGCAAUGCCAUCUAUACGGACACUAACAGUACCCUUAAUUGGGAUACUUCUAUGUUUCUGUUACUACAUUAUACCGAAUUCAAUCAGUUUCAGUAGCAUUGACUUGGCUAAUUAUGACAUUAAUCAACUAUUCAAUCAUAACCCACACCCACCCACAUAUGAUCCAUUGAAACAUAAUCAACCAAAAUUGGCGUCAAACUCAUAUCUUGAACAAUCAAUACCAUUCAGGAAUAGACAACAAAUAGGAAAAGAGAAUGCUACGUUGGUUAUGUUGGUUCGAAAUAAAGAAUUGAAAGGAGCAUUACAAUCCAUGAGAUCAUUAGAAGAUCGAUUCAAUCGUCAUUAUCGAUAUCCUUGGGUGUUUUUAAAUGAAGUACCAUUUGAUGAUGAAUUCAUAGAACAAACCACCUUAAUGGCUAGUGGUGAGACGUUCUAUGAAUUGAUACCUGAGGAAGAUUGGGAACAACCAUCAUUUAUAGAUGAAGAAAAGUAUGAAAAUGGAAUUGCUAAAGCUAUUAUGGAUGGAGUUAUAUAUGGAGGAACCAAAUCAUAUCGAAACAUGUGUCAUUUCAAUUCAGGAUACUUUUACAGACAAGAGAGAAUGCUCAAUUAUGAUUGGUAUUUCAGAGUUGAACCUGAUGUGGAAUAUAUGUGCGAUUUUCAAUAUGAUCCAUUUGAAUUAUUAAGACGAAAUAAUAAAAUUUAUGGAUUUGUAAUUGCUAUAACUGAAUAUGAAAACACCAUACCGACAUUAUGGCAAACUGUUGAAGAAUUCAUGGCUGAAUAUCCCGAGUUAGUACAUCCUAAUAAUUCACUUGACUUCAUUACUACUCAUGAAACAUCAUUAAAUCAUUGGAAGUCAUUAGUUCCAUCAUCUACAAAGUAUAAUUUAUGUCAUUUCUGGUCUAAUUUUGAAAUAGCAAACUUAAACUUCUUUAGAAGUGAAGCAUAUGGGAAAUAUUUCGAUUACUUAGAUAAAUCAGGUGGAUUCUAUUAUGAGAGAUGGGGCGAUGCACCAGUCCAUUCUAUUGGGUUAAAUAUCUUAGCUGAUAAGAAUCUGAUUCAUCAUUUUGAAGAUAUAGGAUAUUAUCAUGCUCCAUAUUUAGCAUGUCCUACUUCAAAAGAUGUUGUUGCUUCAAAGAGAUGUGUAUGUAAAACUUAUGGAGUAGAUGGGGAUAGAAUUGAUAAACCGAUUGAUGUCGGAUUAUUCAGUUGUUUAAGUCGAUGGUGGAAAUAUGGAGCUGGAAAGUCAUUCUUAAAUGAAAUAGAUUACACCUUUAACUAUGAAAAGUAACAGUAAUAGUUGCAAAUAUACAUAUAGAUAUAUAGGUACAAUAAAACAUCCAAUCCGCAAUACUUAACUCUUACUAUAGA